GUAUUUAUAAGUAGUACUUAAUAUGUCUAACUUCCUCAUAAAGAGAUGUAUUGCUGUUUGUCUGUGGUACAGCGAUGGACAAUUCUUCUAAAUUGGUUGUACUGGUUUUUAUCAAAUUGAUUUGUUAUGGAAUUCUGGCAUCUGCUUCAGUGGACUGUCCUGUAGACUUUUAUGUCAAAAAUGGAGCUUGUACUGAUUGCCCAGAUGGAACUUUCGGACCAAAUUGCACCCAUACUUGUUCUUAUCCUACCUAUGGUAGAAGAUGUAUUUUAGAAUGUAAAUGCACUGGCAACCAAAAGUGUGACCCUGCAGAGGGAUGCAUAAACAAAAUCAAUGAUCAAAGUUCGACUUAUCUCUCAGGCAAUUUCACAGCAGAUACUUGGAAAACUAAACCAGUUACAGAAUCUAUUACCGAAAUAGCUCAAAAGAUAACCUUGCAACAACAGUCUGUCAGACCUAGCACAAGUAACGUUGUACCCCAAACUUCAUCGGAUGUUUCUUCGACGAUAUUUACAUUCAAAACGGAACAUUUAAACACUGCUAGCGAAUUCAUCCAAGUAAAAACUGGGAGUCCAGCAUCUCAAAACAACACAGUCAUUAUCGUGAUCGUCAUUGUAGGCUCAAUAGUCAUAUUACUGCUUGUUGUUGUUAUUGCUGUGCAAAUUAGAGGAAAGCAAAAAAGAAGAGUUCAUAUGAGGGAAACUGUAUCGUUCACCAGAGGUCAUAGUAGCACAUACUGCGAAAUAGACGACCAAAUGGUUCCUUCUACCUCUGAUUAUCACUUGAUAAAUGAUGACUACGAACACCUUAAACAGAGUGAAGCAGAUAGGACAAAAUACUCAACGCUUCCUACAAAAAUAAACGAGGCGGAAAAAGGUGGCUACUUGUCCCCAAAAUCUAAAACAUUACAAAAGGUCUGGUGCGCUGAAAAACUUCCAUUGAAUAAUGAAAAGCAUGGACCUACUCGGCACUCAAUACAAGACAUCAACUUACAUUAUACAGCUCUUCCAACAAAACGUAAGGCUACGUCUGAACUUAUUAGUCACAAAACUCCAUUGGCAAAUUCCGCUUUCAAAUCUGAUUAUGAAACAGAAAGCAGUGAAGGGCAUGUCAAACCCCAGCAAAUUGAUGAAGAGUAUCCAGUUCAUUUGAGGAAGGCUGAAGAAAACCUGGACACCAACGUAUUAAGAGUUCCGAAAUCAGUAAAGAUUUCUACUGAUAGUUACAUUGAUAUGGAUAAAGGUACAAAACUUGAUGAAUAUGUAGCUAUGGAGGAACAUGGUAAAAAGAUAACAAAGCAUUGCGAAAGUGAAGAAAAAUUAGAAAUAACGGACACUUACAAAUGAAUAGAUCAAAACAUAUAACUCAUUAAUUUGAAAUUAGGUCAACUACAUGUUCAUUGGAAAUAAUUGUACAUGUUUUUGUUUUGGGUUUAUUUUGUGGUUUUUUUUUUUAAUUUUGUUUUUGGUUGCAAUUUAAUCUUGGUUUUUGUUUGUUUUUUGAUAUCUUUAUAUUAUUAUAGAGGUGUCAUUAAAUACUUUAUUUUAUUGAUGAAGUUUUUUGCUCUAUUAUACCAUUUUACCUUAUUACUUAGUUCGAAAUGUACAAAUAUUUUUACUGAACAAAUUAGAAUAAAAACUAAUUAAUUGCAUUUCAAAUCAAGAUACUAAUCUUAAAAUGGCGCUUUUGGCUUAUUUGCUACAAAAUCAGAAAACCAAGGUCAAGAUAUGAUAUUAUAUAUUUCUUUAUCAUUUUAUAUUUUUUGUACUAAUGAUAACGCUCUUAAAAUUAAAAAAAAAUUCCCUCCAAAACUCAUAUUCCGUGUUUUGAUUGCUUUGAGUAGAUGCUUUAGUGUAUAGGGAGACGGCCUGUUAUGCUGUAUAAUAUUUUUACUUCCAAAACAUUUUGAUAUUUUUCAUUGUGCUCUAUCGUAAUUUUUAUCGUAACCUUUAUUGCUGUAAAAUAUCAUCAAGUACUUGUUAUAACUCAGAUUCAAACAGAAUUAUUGAGUAUGUUUCACGUGUACUUUAUGUGUCAAUAAAACUUUUCACCAUAAGCCUGUUGAAUUGAAUAAAACAUCUUAAUUUGAG